AAGAACCGCGAAACGUUCACACAGGCAGAUUGGCAGAAACGAAAAAUUCCAACUAAAUGUUAUUUUAGAAAUAGUAAAUAAAACCAGAAAUGUUGCGGCAGGAGAAUUUGGCGGCCAACUUCUGCGGCUUAUUGGCCAGCCAGGGCUAUAAAGAGAAGGCAAACGAGUGGCGCAUUUUGGGUCAAGAACAAGAUGGAUCCCUACUGACAUCUUGGAUAUUCGAGUAUUCGGACGAGGAUCAGCGCAAGGAGACUUGCAUUGGACACUUUCAUGCCACCAAAAAGCAAUUACGGCUCCUGUGGACUUUGGAUAAAUGCUGUGAGAUUGUCCAGGCAACAAUUAAUAGUAGUGUCACCCUGCUGUCUUUUGUGGAGAAAACUGAUGGAAAACUGUAUCAGGCUUUUGUUGUGGAGGUGAGAAGUUCUGAGGGAGGCACGGUCACGCCCCUUAAUCCAGAGCCAACAACCCGCCAAAUGAUGACCCAGUUCUUGUGGCGCGUUGAGAGUGCCACACGCACAUGCUGGCAGGAUAAGCUUCUAGUGCUCACCCACGAGGAAUCUAUCAAACAAUAUAGCUGUGUGGUGAAACAGAGCUCCACGACAUCUUCGACUGGAGGUGGCGAGGGGAGUGCAUGGCGGCUAGACACCAGCAUUCUUACUCACGAAACGUUGGCCAGGAAUUUCAGUUGGGCCCAAUGGGAUCCCGAGUGUCAGGCUCUUUACUACAUCCAUCUGAAGCCAAAAGCCAAGAGCCUCAGUUUGUUAGACGAAAGGGAGGAGGCUGGCGAGCCGGCAACUCCCAUAUUGAGUCCCACUCUAUCGGCAUUCCAGUUCAACGAGAAACAACCUACAGAAACUGUGCUUAAUAUACCCCUUAAUUUGCCGAAGCUGCCUAAUGGCUCUAAGGAGGAAACGCCAAGUUAUGAUGACGAUGCGGUGCCUUUGCGCGUGCACGAUAGCUCGCUAAACCUCAUUAUUCUGGCGGAUACAUCGGGUAUGUUCUUCGUGUGCCACUACUACCUUUACCAGCCAAUGCAGUCGGAGCAGAAGGACGUACACUUUGCCUAUUCCGUGACUUUACUACACCACGGCUGUGUUGUGCACUGCGUUAUGCCCGGAGUACCUUGGCAAAAGGCUCGGCUGUUGAGGCCCACAUUUGCGCUUCAUGGUCAACAUCAUCUGCUGGUGUCGUCCGCCUUUUUUGUGCAUUUAUUAGACGUUGGACUACAGCAUGAACCAAACUGCCAUAUUGUAUGUGCUGCCCACAAUCGAAGUCCCGAUCUCACGCAGCUAGUGCCUUUGCGAAAGUGGGGUGCCCUUGCCUACGAUGCUGCUACCCUGGAUCUUGUUUCGUUAACUGUACCCAAAUCCCAUCUGAUAGAAGCGUUUCGAAAUGACAGUUCACUGGAUAAUAGAAUUAGCAUUAUACACUAUUUCUUGCUCCAUUCGAAUGACAUGGAUGUGUUGGCCGAGCUACUGAAUAGUAUCUUGGAACGUCCAUUAUCCUUGGAUACGGUGGCCCUGUUAAAGGAGGCACUUGUUGCUGGCAGUUGUGCUACUGCCGUUCGUGGAUUGCCGGAGGAGGCUAAGCCAUUGAUCAGGCUACUACCAUUGACCACGGCUAUAGCUUCGCGACCAAUUCAUGCAAAAGUAGCUGACAUCAGCGUAGGUCUCUCUCAUGAAACGCUGCAUAACACCAGCAUGAUGCUGCUGUCGCCACAGCAACGCCUCUCACCUUAUCGCACGGAUAUAUGGACCAGGUUAUGGGAUCUGCUUAACGAAUCUGCCAAGCAAGAGCAGCCUAGAUUCAGUGCUGAGCAGGUUACCGAAAAGUUGAUCUUUAGCCUGGCCUGUUACCAGCCGGAGGCACUUUCCAGAUGCACCACGCCACUUUCUCCGGAUGCGGGUACUGGUGGUUUUGGAGACUACAGUAGUGGAAGUGCUUUUCCAUUUAGUAACGAGGUCCUGCCCUUCAUCGAAUUGGAGGGCUGCACUGCCAGCAAACAGGAGCAUGUUAUCUCUGUGUAUCUGCGUGAACUAAGCGUUCAUUUGGUGAAGCACUCUUCGAAGCCUCAUACUGGAUUCCGUUGGCUUAAGGAGACUUUUUUCGAGCGUUCCCAGGCUCCAGCUCAUGUCCAUGCUGUGGCUUCGCAGUUUGUUUCGUCACAGCUGGAGUUGUCUAGAGCCCUUUGCUCUCUGGUUUGUCGAGCUGCAGGCCUAGAUGCACGCAUGGAAACCUUGAGAGGUUUUCAGUUGAUCGACCAGAUGGCUGCCAACCAGCAGCACUCACUGUUUCUUAUUCUUGAGCGUUAUUGCUUGGCUGUGGAAUCGAUUGCCUUUCCGCUGCCAGAGGGAUUCUCCUCGUUCUUUACCUAUUUGGGAUAUCGAGCAUUGGGCUACGAUAUGUUUUUGCAAUAUGUAGAGAAUCAUGUGUUCGAACUGCAAGUGGAUGUGAUGAAGGCCAUUGUUUUUGACAUUGAAGAUUCCCCAUUGGGUAUUGAACGAAAGCUUUCGCUUUUGUCCGCUCUUCCAAAGCAGCGAGCUCAAAGGCUGCUCAAGUGUUGGCAGCAUCCGGAUAGCCUUAUGAUUCGAGGUCGUGAGCAUGCGGCUAACAUUCUAUCGGGCCAGCAGCAGGAGGUCUUGCACCAACAGAGAACUUCAGUCUGUGCCAACCAAUCACGGAACAAUGCACGUAGUGAUUUAACUGCCGAAGCCCUUUCGCCACUGGACUCCUUUCUUGACUUACUGACUGCCAAGGCCAGUCUGAACGAAUUGGACUACAAUCUGCUUAUUGAAACGACAUUGAGCUCCAUCGAUCAGCUAAAGGUGGAGUGCUAAAGUGCUUGUACUUAAUGAUAAGAAGAUAUAAAAGAUGUGUGGUAUUACUAGAAUGCCAAAGUAUUGUGUCAAAAUAUCAAAUAUUCGUUUUGAAGCUAUAAGAUGAUAGAGGCCAGUUGACAGAUAUUCCAAAGAAUUAUUUUGUUAAAUUAAUUAUUUAAGAAUUUUCCGUGUGCAGCUAAGAUCUUAUUUAUGAUUCAGUGUACCUUUUGUAUCACUUUCUUGUUCCUAUUAUAUGUAUAAUGAUUUACAUAUAUAAACUUUCCAUGUCUAUUAUAUUUAAUUUAUUGUAUAACUUGAUGUACCCAAAACCGUAUUUAUUUAUAAAGUAUUUAUUUCAUAUUUGUCUUAAACCAGUGAGAGCUUCUCUCUAUAAUAAAAUAACGAUUUAUAAAGUA